CCAUCAAAGACCCUAUCAUUAUCAGCCCAUACAUUCCCGUACAUUCAUCCUUCGAGUUGCGAGGACUCACUUUUAAACUUAUUUCUUAUUUGUUUAACUUUGUACUAGAGGAUUGAUUCGUCCUUCUUGUCUGACGAGUUAAAUUAACGAACAAUUCUCUUAUUAGAUCCGUAUUAUAUAUAUACUUGUCGUUUCUUUUCAGCACAAUGGAUCCUUGUUGAUAUACAUCGUCUUUUCUCCCCUCUCGGGUUUUUUAGAUAGUCGCCGCGCGCCCACUACCACCUGCGCAUCAAGGAGUAUUCUGUAUCGAACCAAUCCUGCAUUAUCGCACAAGACCGUCGCAAUCUAAAAUCUCGCCCUCAAAUAUCCGUGUUACACCACCACAUUAUCCGGAACGUCCGAGAUAUCCCGCAGUCCGUUCUCAAGGGAUAACGGUCGUCUUUCGCAUCCCACUUUUUUCGACUUCCUCCCGUAUCUUCCCUGCGUACUAUGAGACUCCGCCGAGCGGCCCGCGUAAUCCUCGUCGGCGCGCCAGGAGUUGGCAAGGGCACACAGUCCGAGCGACUCCUCGCGCGCUUCUCCCAGUUAUCCGCCAUCUCCUCCGGCGACUUGCUCCGACAAAAUGUCAAGAAUCGCACACCCCUCGGCAUUAAGGUCGAGAAGACGAUGAAGACCGGUGGCCUUGUAUCCGACGAUUUAAUACUUAGGUUGAUUACAAAUGAGUUGGGUAGGCGCGGUUGGCUCUUCGGCGGACGACCGAGUGUUAUGACACUUGCGUCGUCGUCGGCUACGAUAGGAGAUGAUAUUCCGUUAGAAGGUGCGGCGGAUACUUUCGGGGCCCUGGAGGCAGAUCCUCUUGCAGGAGCGCGUUUGUCCCCACAAGCAACUGAGGACCCUGCUGCUUCCUUCCUACUGGAUGGCUUCCCUCGUACUGCGCCACAAGCUGAAAAGCUGGAUGAUAUCGUACCGAUCAAUUGGGCGGUCUCCAUACAGACGCCGCUUGAUGUCAUCAUGAAGCGCAUCUCAUCGCGAUGGGUCCACGAACCCUCCGGUCGGGUCUACAACACCACAUUUAAUGCGCCGAAGGUACCCGGUUUUGACGAUAUUACGGGCGAACCGCUUGUGCAACGAGCGGAUGAUAGCGAGGAGGUAUAUAAGGCGCGUUUCCGGAAAUUCCAGGAGACAAGCGAGCCUUUACUAGAACACUACGCGAAGAAGGGCGUCCUAUGGGAGGUCCACGGCAUGAGCAGUGAUGAGAUCAGUCCGAAACUGUAUCAGGAAUUUGAACGACGCUUUUUAUGAGCUUUCUACGAUGGAUGAUUCGCAAAGCGCCAAGCUGGAGUUGAUGGCCGGCUGAGCGAGUUGAAUUGAUUGUAUAUCAUGUUGAAUGUUUUGAGUAUGUGGUGUCUUGAGACUUGUCGGAGUUUAGGGGGCUUGAGAAUACGGGCGGCCAACCUGCUGGCUCUCGGAUUCUGUAUAUGCUCAACGCGAUAAAGCAGUGUUUAUUAGAGCAGAUCGUAUAAACUCCAGUGAUUCAACAUAUUUACAAAUUCGGUUUUUAAUUUGAGACUGAAUUGAAUACAAUACUAAAUACCGAAAUGUGUCAUCUAAA